AGCGGCCAGUCGGGGGCAGUAAAUAGCGGUCAAUGCCUAUAGCACCUUUAACAGAAGAAGAGGAAUGUCCUCUGUUUAGAGAUUUCAAACAUGGGCUCAAGAGUAACACGCCUGAUGAGAAACUUUAAUAUAGAGAAUCGCGCUCACCGAGAAAUAAGCAAGACAAAACCUAAAGCAGCACCUCGACAUCCAGCAUCCAGCAGUAGUCCACGAGAAGACAUCGCCGGUGUUUCUAUGGCAGAAGAGAUUCACCAGAAGAAUGAUCCACUGCUGUCGAUGCUCAAGGACAUUUAUGUGGAGUCUAAAGAUCCAGAUCCUCAGGCUGAAACAGUUCCCAAGGUUAAUAAGGUGGAGGAGGAGAUGCAGCGCAGGGCGCUGAAGUACAGUCUACCGGGCGAGCCCUAUGGUUUCUGUGAUGUCACUGAUGUUCCCAAAGGCAAACUGUCGCUUGUGGAAGCUUUAACUUCAGUACACAUGACCGUACCAGAGAAGCUGGCACAGGAGUACUCUCUGGACCCAAAAGAUGCCAAAGCACUGACAGAAUUCUUUUUUCCCUUUGACAUCAAAAUCAUUCCACCAAAAACAGAGGAGACUAAACAGAUUAAGGAUUCUUAG